CUUUUUACCAGUAACCUAUGGAGAACUACAUCAGAGGAGAAGAGAGAACUGGAGCGCCUGCAGAAACCAAUAUAUAAUUCAGUUCUUCGAGCAACAAAAGUUCAUCGUCAGGUUCGCAAAUAUAUGAAAGGCAUUUUAAAGCCUGGAAUGUUAAUGACCGACAUAUGUGAAACAUUGGAGAACACUGUCCGUAAGCUAAUAUCAGAGGAUGGCCUUCAAGCUGGCAUUGCAUUCCCCACAAGAUGCUCUUUAAACUGGGUUGCUGCUCACUGGACCCCAAAUUCAGGGGACAAGACUAUACUUCAGUAUGAUGAUGUGAUGAAACUGGAUUUUGGCACCCAUGUUGAUGGAUAUAUAGUUGAUUGUGCUUUUACUGUGGCAUUCAACCCUAUGUUUGAUCCAUUGCUUGAAGCCUCUCGGGAAGCAACUAAUACGGGUAUUAAGGAAGCUGGAAUCGAUGUGCGCCUUUGUGACAUUGGUGCCGCUAUACAAGAGGUCAUAGAAUCUUAUGAGGUUGAGAUUAACGGAAAGGUGUAUCAAGGUAUAUGAUGCUUGUAAUGUCCU